CUUCACCAACAACACAAAUAAACCCCUGUGAUCUGGACGUUUAAUCUUGUACCUGGGGUUCAGCGGUAACUCACUUUUGUGUUACCGGGCGAGUUUUCUGUUUUUCUUGUAUGGUAUCUCCUCUAGUUUCAUUCUGUAGACUGCCGUAUUGGAUAGAGGGUCUUGCCAUGCCCAAUUUACCCAAUCUUAACAGCUUUGGCAAACUGUGCGGCUCUGGCCUCAGUGACGACUCUGUGGUGCUGGACCGGGUGAAGCGCAAGAACUCAGUUCGGAGAAUGUCCAUUAUCGAAGAUGGGAACGUGGCUGAGGUGCUCUACCUCAUUCCCAAACAGUCCAUGAUGGAGCAGCUGCCCUUCCUUAACCCCAAUGAGUAUAUUAUCCUGGAGAAAAUGGCACCUCCUGACAUUGGACCCGUGGCCCAUCCUCAGGAACCGCACCAUCCACCAGAAAAACUGGUUAUCCAGUGCUAUAAGUGUGGGGAGCCAUGCAAGGGAGAGGUUCUCCGGGUGCAAUCCCAGCACUUCCAUAUAAAAUGUUUCACAUGCAAAGUGUGCGGUUGUGACCUGGCCCAAGGUGGUUUCUUCAUGAAGAACGGGGAGUACCUAUGCACGCUGGACUACCAGAGGCUACAUGGCACUCGCUGUAAUGGCUGUGGAGAUUUUGUUGAAGGAGAGGUGGUCACUGCUCUUGGGAAGACCUACCAUCCCACAUGUUUUGUCUGCACUGUUUGCAAACGGCCAUUUCCCGCUGGUGAUCGAGUCACGUUUAAUGGAAAAGACAGUCUCUGCCAGAGCUGCGUCCAGCAAACUUCCCAGACUCCCAAAGACAUCAGCGCCUCUAGUAACUGUGCAGGAUGUGGCAGGAAUAUAAAGAACGGUCAGGCUCUUCUGGCCUUGGACAGCCAGUGGCACCUCGGCUGUUUCAAGUGCAAGGCCUGUGGGAAAGUGCUGAGCGGGGAGUACAUCAGCAAGGAUGGUUCUCCGUACUGUGAGAAAGACUACCAGAUUCAUUUUGGCGUGCAGUGUGAGGCCUGUCAUCGGUUUAUCACAGGGAAAGUUCUGGAGGUGAGUUCUACAGUAUGGCAUCCAGACUGUAAGAACAACAGUAGAGUGGAAGAGAAGUACAGAGCAGCUUGGCAGCAUCCUAAAGGAAAACCCAGUCCGUUUGAUAUCUUUUACCCCCAGUCUCAGAUUCAGAGCCGGGGCCCAGGUGGCUCUCGACUGGGCCGGCAUCCCCUGGGCAGUCGUGAGCCCCUUCCACCCUCAGUAACAUCUCUGCACCAAUCAGAAAGGCAGCCCACGAGGUCAUCGUCUGAGAGUAUCUGUUCGAGACCUGGCUCGAGCAUCCCUGGAUCUCCAGGUCAUACCAUCUAUGCAAAAGUAGACAAUGAGAUUAUUGAUUACAAGGACCUAGCAGCCAUCCCCAGAGUCAAGGCCAUUUAUGACAUAGAGCGUCCAGACAUGAUAUCCUAUGAGUCUCUCCAUUCCACCUCCUCCACCCUGGAAAGACAAGGAAGGCGCAGCCCCGGAGAGCCUGUCAAAGCCUCAGGUGGCAGCCCUCCCAGAGGCAGAACCACAACCCUGCCACAAGACCCCUCCUCAUUGUCUGCAGAAACAUCUCCAAGAACACUGUCUCCCACCCCAUCCGCUGAGGGUUGUUAUGACAUGAGGGAGCGCAUCAUACAAAGAUCCACCAGUCAGGGCUCCAUCGGUUCUCCGGUUUACCACCGCCAUAACUAUAUACCCUCUCUGUCCAAGUCACCCCAGCACUUCCACAGACCAGGAAUGCUGAAGCUCUGCUCCUCUUUGCGCUCCAGCGACACGCGCCCUACCUCCCCUUUCCGACAUCACUUCCUCCCCCAUAACAAAGAUUCUUUCUGCAUAGGCACUGAGCCAUCCAGUGGCCGGAGUUCUCCUCUUUCCUCUCGGCCGGCCACCCCGACUCUCUCUCUGACCCCUAAACAUUUCCACAUCCCAGACCAAGGCAUUAACAUGUAUAGAAAACCACCAAUCUACAAACAGCAUGAUUCAGCUGCCCUGGCAGCCCAAAGCAAGUCCGCUGAUGACAUCAUCAAAUCAUCCAAGUUCCCCGCUGCCCACGCCCCCCAGCCGGACGAAACACCAAAGAUCGAGACCGACUACUGGCCGUGUCCUCCAUCCCUUGCUGCUUUAGGCUCAGAUGGGAGGAGUCGGUCACGGGACGAAGAAGAGGAAGAGCAACUGAAACGCAGACAUCUUCAGGAAGAACAUCUCAGCAAGAUCCAGUCUGGACUUGGGAAGCUCAUUCUGAAGGAGGAGAUGGAAAAGGAGAUGAACAGAGAGAGAAGUGCAUCUUUAAUGACUUUCUUUUUUUUUUGUCUGUGCUUCCAGCCCCAGUCUACAGAACUCUCUCAGUAUAACAGUUACGGGGAUGUGUGUGGAGGACAAAGAGAUUUCAAGCCCACCCAAGAUGCUCAAGAUUCCAUUACAAGAAUGGACAGGGGACUGUCUAUGCCUAAUAUGUUGGAAUAUAAAGUGUACCCACAUGAAAUGCUCACUGUCACCAACAGAGGGCGUACUAAGCUCCCGAAGGAUGUGGACAGGACGAGACUGGAGCGCCACUUGGCUUCCGAGACAUUCUUUGAUAUUUUUGGGAUGGAGAUCCAUGAGUUUGACAGACUUCCUCUUUGGAAGCGCAACGACAUGAAGAAGAAAGCCAAGCUCUUCUAACUAGCUGAUUGUGCAUGUUUUAAUUUAUCAAUCACUCAUAUGAUGUAUUAGAGCGAUAGUCCUAACUUUUUUUUUUUUUUUUGCAUCCAAUUACAUGCACAAAAAAGUUUUCUUUUGCUUCCAAAAGACCACUUUUUAUUUUCCCAAAUCUCGAUAUCUUUAUUUUUAAAUGAGUGAGUAUUCGAAUAGGAAUAAAAUGCGGUGCGCGUGACCCCUAUGAUGCGAACACACGAGCGCGAGGAGCUGAUGGUGUGCCUGCUCUCAUUAAACCUGCCUCUAGGACCAGAGAGAUUUAUCCUCCUCCCUCCUGGCCCUCUUGUAAAACAGGACUGUAAUUUUUUAGAUGGGGAACCGGGGCUGUCAGCAGGGAUCUCCCUCUAAACAGGCCGUUAAGGUGGUGGAGUUGUAGGGAUCCUGGAGCCCCCUGCUGCUGCGGACCUAACGAGACCUUUGAAGUGCGUUAAAAGCGGGAAGUGAGAGCUACUGAAGAUCCUCCACCUGCGGAGCCGAGCUUCUGGAAAGCAUUAGAAACUGAAAUCGGCGUCCUGUCCCACCAGCACUCUGCCGCCUCGUCACAAUCCUAAAAAAAUAUCUAGGCCUACAUGUAAAGUAGCAAGCAUGUUCACAAUAUCCAAAGCCCAAAACAGCACCCGAGAUAGAUGGAUUCUUUAUCCAAAAGCCACUAGUCUGAUAAUCAGAAGAGGUGGUGGUGAUGAUUAUUAUUAUUAUCAUUAUUAUUUC